UCAAUUUUAGACCUCGCAAUUUCUUGAGCCAAUUCUUGUUCCCAAGUUUGCAUAUUAAGCAUUAAUUUCCCAGAAAAUAUAUUGCUUGCAAUAUAGUAUUUCUAGUCAAAAUUUUGAGCUGGAGACUUGGACAGCUUUGCUUGUCAUUUUGUGUUUCCUUGGGUUGAUUCUAAAGGAAUCGAUCAUGGGAGGUAAGAGCUCAAAAGGGUCUGAUAGAAGACAUGUUUCAUCAUAUGGAUCUGCUGGUUCUUCAUCUUCAUGGGAUAACUAUGGAUACCCACAAUCACCAUAUUCAUACCCACAACAGAAUCCGUAUCAUACACCUCACCACCCCCGUGCACCUGCUCAAUUCCACGACUAUGCACAGCCAAAAAGGAGGCUGGAUAGGAGAUAUUCAAGAAUAUCCGAUGAUUACCAGUCACUGGAUGAGGUUACUGCUGCUCUUUCACAUGCUGGCCUGGAAUCUUCUAAUCUCAUUGUGGGCAUUGAUUUUACAAAGAGCAAUGAAUGGACAGGGAAGAGGUCAUUCAACAGAAAAAGUUUACAUCAUAUUGGAAGUGGUCUUAAUCCUUAUGAACAAGCAAUUUCGAUUAUUGGAAAAACUUUAAGUGCUUUCGAUGAGGAUAACUUGAUUCCUUGUUUUGGAUUUGGGGAUGCAUCAACACAUGAUCAAGAUGUCUUUAGUUUCCAUUCAGAUGCGACGUUCUGCAAUGGGUUUGAGGAAGUUUUGUCAAGAUAUAGAGAUAUGGUUCCUCGCCUCCGACUUGCAGGACCCACUUCGUUUGCCCCUAUUGUUGAGAUGGCCACGACUAUAGUUGAGCAAAGUGGCGGUCAAUAUCAUGUCUUGCUGAUAAUUGCCGAUGGACAGGUGACAAGAAGCGUUGACACACAACAUGGUCAGUUAAGUCCACAAGAGCAGAAGACAAUCGAUGCAAUUGUAAAAGCUAGCGAGUAUCCACUGUCAAUAGUUUUGGUGGGGGUUGGAGAUGGACCAUGGGAUAUGAUGAGGGAAUUUGAUGAUAACAUUCCAGCUCGAGCAUUUGACAAUUUUCAGUUUGUGAAUUUCACCGAAAUAAUGUCAAAGAGUGUAGAUUCAAGCAGAAAAGAGACAGAGUUUGCUCUAGCAGCUUUGAUGGAGAUACCUUCUCAAUAUAAGGCAACCAUAGAUCUAGGCAUAUUGGGUGCAAGGAGGGGACAUUCACCAGACAGAGUUCCUCUACCUCCACCUCAUUAUGAGAGGGCUUCUUCUAGCAGCAGUGCGACAUCUUUUCGUUCAAACAGUUUUCAGCAGAGUACAGCUACAUAUUCUGCCUACGAUAAUGGAAUUAACACAGAAUCAACUUCAGGUGGCUUAUAUGAUAACAAGCUUUGUCCCAUUUGUCUUACUAAUGGAAAGGACAUGGCCUUCGGUUGUGGACAUCAGACUUGUUGUGACUGUGGAGAAGGCCUUGAAUUCUGCCCCAUUUGCCGGAGCACAAUCAGUACCAGAAUAAGGCUUUACUAGUUAGCUUUGCUUCAAAACUGCUUUCAAUGGCAAUUGCAUGCAUUGCCAGAAGAAGGCAGGACAGCAAAGAGAUGAGUAGGGUUGGCCUGGAUCAUGAUGGAU